CAUCGUCCUUCAUUGCUAGAUCUCAUCUGUGACGAUUGCUUACAAGACAUUGAGACUCGUUUCAAACUUUUUUUUUAUUAUUUUUUUUUAGCAGCUUUUACUUGGGCCACAUUUUCUACAAUUAUUCAAUCCUGCUUGUGCUUCGCAAUCAAGCAAGCACCUCCAUAAUCGUCAUGACCUCUUCUUCUUCUUCACCGAUCCGGUCCUGCCCGGAUUGCUUCACCGGCACGAUUCACACCGCCCAGCCCGUCGGCCACGUCGAGAUCCUCCAUGACGUGCCCACCUACAUCACCCGCGGGGAGGAGUCGUCGUCGUCAUUGUCGGCCCCGGCCCCGUCCAACUCCACCAUCGUCUUCCUCACCGACGGCUUCGGCACCAAGCUGGUCAACAACAAGCUCCUCGCCGACCAGUACGCCGCCAGGACGGGCCUCCGCGUGCUCGUGCCGGAUCUCCUGCCGGGCGGCGGCGUGCCCCUGGUUAUGCUCUCGCUCUCCGCCACCCUGACCAGGCCCGUCGCCUGGUACAAUCUCCUCGGCCAGAUCCGACGAGUCUGGGCCGCCGCGCGGCUCAUGUCCAUCCUGCUCCCCUUCAGCUUCAGGGUGCGCCGCCUGUACCCUGCCGUGCUGGGCUAUGUCCGCGCCGUGAGGGCCUCGCUGCCCCUCGGGGCCAAGCUGGGGCUCGCCGGGUUCUGUCUCGGCGGCCACUGGUCCUCGCGCAUCUGCGGCGCGUCGGCGGUCGAGGGCGAUGGCGACGACGAUGGCAACGACGACAGCGCUGGGCAGCUGGUCGAUGCGCACUUCACCGCCCACCCGUCCAGCGUCGCGCCCGACGAGUUUGCCGCGUUCGCGCGCAGGUUCCGCGUCCCCUUCAGCCUGGCCCUGGGCGAUCGGGACCAGAUGAUGUCUGUCGAGCAGGCGCACGAGGUCGAGGCCAGCCUGCGGGGGGUGUUUGAAGACGAGCCUGAGAGGUUGGAGGUUCGGCUCUACGAGAAGUGCGGGCAUGGCUUUGCCUUGCGCGCGGACCCGAACGAGACGGGUGAGAAUGAGGGGGCUGAGAGGGCUCUUGAGCAGGCGGUUAACUGGUUUCGGAAAUUCUUGAACUGAAAAGGAGGGGUUUUUGGUUCUUCGGAGUGGUUCAACGUUCUCGAUCGGAUGGGUUGUCAGAGCCCAGGUUCGAGAGUGGAACACUGUACAAUGCAUGAGAUGGUGGCUCAUAGGGAAAUUGCUGUGUGCAAGUCAAAUGUAAACGAGCCUUUUUUUUGGGAUUGAUCAAUAUAUGCAUCUGCUCUUCCAUCUGUUC